AGCUGCUCCGUCCUGGCCCUGGCCGCUCGCCGCUGCGGCUCGCAGCGGCAUGCCGCGAUGGUGGUGCCGCCUUGCGGGCCGUGCGGCCCAGCGACGGAGCCGCGGCGGCUCGCGCCGUGCGCCCGCCAGCACGGCCGCGUGCCUCCGGGGCUGCGCAGGGCCCCGUCGGCGCCCUCGAGGAGGCCGGCGGCGUCGCCAGCACUGGCGAGGACGCCCCGCGGACCCUCUCACAGCCGUUUCCGGGCGCCAUCGCGCUGCCUGGAGGCUCGGCGCGGCCUGGAGGCCCAGCCGGGCUGCAGCGUGCUGAGCGUGGGCGACGGCUCCGGCAGCCGCGAGUGGGCAGCCGAGGCUCAUCGCAGCAAGGAGCUGGCCCUCUGCGCCUCCAAGGACGACUACUCCAAGGA